AUGGUACAAUCAGAAGAAGCUCCAGGCUCUCAGCGUGGCAAUGAGGCGGCGUAUGAUCCAAAGAAGGACCUGAAACGGAAGGCCAAGUCAAAAGACCCAGGAUGGAAAUACAGGUUUUGGCCUAACAUUAAUCGAAAGGAUGUUGUGCAAUGCAUGCUCUGUGAUAAGCAAGUGCAUGCUGGGAUAGGGAGAUUGAAUCGUCAUCUUGCAGGGGGCUUCACAAAUGUUGAGAAAUGUGCCAAGACAACCACAGCUAUCAUGAGGGAGAUGAAUGCCUACUUAAGUAGUACUACAAGGCGCAAAGUUGUUGAGAUUGAUUCCGAGGAUGAAGCUGAAGCUAGACAAGGUGCUGCUGAUGACAAUGAGGUCAUUGAGGUGGAAGAAGAAGAGGUUGGACAGGGUGUAGCACAAAAAAGAAAGCGUGCUAUCUUUAAAGUGUCAGCACCACCCCAGAAGGUUUCUAAGUCAGUUGCUUCUAUGCUUAGGAAGUCUCCUGAAGAGGUGAUUGAGGAAAGGCAUGCCAAGAGUUCUGCUCAAACUACCAUUGAUCAUUGCAUAAAAAAGAGCAAGGAAGACAAGGAGCCACUGCUUGAGAGGGCAAAGAAGAAGACCGAUGCAUUGAGGGAUAAGCAUGAGUUGGCUUGGCAAGAAUAUGGUUGCACACUCAUGUCAGAUGGAUGGACUGAUAAAAGGAGUCGCCACUUGGUGAACUUCCUUGUCAAUAGUCCAGCAAGGACAUUCUUUUUGGACUCCCAUGAUGUAUCAAGCAAGAUAAUUGAUGCACGCUUCUUAGCAAAAUUGUUGGAGGACAAAAUUAAUGAGAUUGGCAGUCAAUAUGUGGUGCAGGUGGUGACAGAUAAUGGUGCAAAUUACAAAGCAGCCAGAAAAUUCUAA